ACCUAAACAAGCCACUUUGUACCAGUCUCCCUGUCUCCAGCUUCUGCUGAGUUUUAUAAACAACUUCCUCCAAGAGGCUGACAAGGAUGUUUUCUCUCGCCUUGGGCAGCCCAGGAACAAGGGGUCCUGGCACCCCAGAAAUGACUUGGUUGUGCCUCCCCUCUCCCCGCACCCACGAGGGCUGGCCUUUGGGUGCUAUUGGUCCCCAAACUGGAGCCUGGGCGGACAGCUCCUGCUACCAGGGGGAUAUAAAGACUGGAGGAGCAGCCCCAGCUCUCUGUAGCGGGGUUUGCUGGAAAGAGGAGGGAUGGGACCUGAAAGCGGCUUGAUCCUCGCUCUUCUCUGCUGGGCAGCGGGCAAGGUGGCUUCCUACCCACCCUGGGAUUUCUCCUGGGGUGACCCAACAAGCCGGGGGGCACGGGCAGACCCCAACACCUGGUCCUGGGUGGAAGAUCCCCAAUCUCAAGCCAUCUCCAGCCAGCAGCCGGUCAUGGUGCAGUGCCAGGAGGCUCAGAUGGUGGUAACAGUGCACAGGGACCUCUUUGGCACUGGCCGCUUGGUCAACGUGGCCGACCUGACACUGGGGCCAGCGGCAUGCAAGCAUUCCUCACUGAACCCUGCCCACAACACUGUCACCUUCACUGCUGGUCUCCACGAGUGCGGCAGCAUCGUGCAGAUCACGCCGGAUUCCCUCAUCUACCGCACGCUCCUCAACUAUGACCCCAGCCCUGCCAGCAACCCUGUCAUCAUCCGCAGCAACCCCGCUGUCAUCCCCAUUGAGUGCCACUACCCCAGGAGGGAGAAUGUGAGCAGCAAUGCCAUCCGGCCCACCUGGGCUCCCUUCAGCUCCACGCUGUCAGCAGAAGAGAGGCUGGUGUUCUCCCUGCGCCUCAUGAAUGAGGACUGGAGUGCUGAGAGACCCUUCACUGGUUUCCAACUGGGUGAUGUCCUCAACAUCCAAGCGGAGGUGGGCACCGAGAGCCAUGUGCCACUGCGGUUGUUUGUGGACAGCUGUGUGGCUGCCCUGAGCCCCAGCACUGACUCCUCACCCCACUACACCAUCAUCGACUUCAAUGGGUGCCUGGUUGAUGGGAGGUUGGAUGACACCAGCUCUGCUUUCAUCACCCCCCGGCCCCGGGAGGACAUGCUGCGUUUCAGGAUCGAUGUGUUUAGGUUCGCAGGGGAUGCCAGGAACCUGAUCUACAUCACCUGCCACCUGAAGGUGACCCCAGUGGACCAAGCCCCGGACCCCCUGAACAAGGCUUGCUCCUUCAACAAAGCUAGAAACAUCUGGGCACCCGUGGAAGGCACCCGGGACAUCUGCAGCUGCUGUGAGACGGGCAACUGUGAGUCCCCUGCGCUCUCCCGGAGGCUCAAUCACCUGGAGCGAUGGCCUGGCCGCCGCUUCCGCCGCCAUGAUGCCAAUGGGAAAGAGGCUGAAGCUGAUGUGGUUAUUGGCCCCGUGUUCCUCUCGAGGGACCUGGCUGCCAUAGGAGAGCAGCAGGAGGGAGGUCAGGGUGGGGAGACAGCAGUGCUUGGCAUGGGGACUGGGCUGAUCUGCAUGGCAGCUGGCAUGGGUCUGGCCGGGGUGGUGCUGGCUGUCAGCAUGGGGCGCAGGAGGUGCGCCCGUGCCUCAGCGUGAGUGUGGGGUGAGAGCUGAAUAAAGCUUGGGAAAUACA